UCGCCGUUCCAAUCAAUCCCCGAAUGCUUCUGGUUCGUAAUAGUGACGCUGACGACCAUUGGAUAUGGCGAUGUGGUUCCGGCAACGUUCCCUGGACGAUUAAUUGCUGGAGCUUUGAUGAUCAUGUAAGAGGAGCUGUCUGCUGAUGAUGGCAAACCGCGCAUGUUCAAACGUUGACAUAUGGUUCCCUCAUAGGUCCCUCUUUUUGGUGGCAUUUCCUUUGACUAUGAUCACUUCGCAAUAUACCCUGGUCGCCAAUAGAUACGCGGAGAGUCGAGAAAAAGCCAGAGAAGCACGGCGGGAUCGAAACAGGCUAAGGAAGGUCAAUUCAACAUUAUCUAUACUAUCAAACGUAUCCACAGGACAAGCGUCUAUCGUCGGCACGGUUCGGAGCAAGUUUCGUGACUGGAAAGACGUCGUUAGCAAAAACAGCGCGAGGAGUGAUGGGGACCUCAAUCUGCGCCGGAUAAGGACCGCACCUGUCACGAACGGCCGCGACAAUUCGUUCCGCGACAAUUCGUUCAACAGAGACGAACGGCCAAAGGAAAGCAGUACACUGAAUCGCAAAACGCGUGAUGUAAGCCGGUCGGAAGCCGGUUCGAGAGUCGACGGCGAACCGAACCGCACGCCCUUCGAUCCUGGAAUAUCCUUCGGAACCCUCAACCGCUCGCGCUCUACCCUUGUCCACAGCGCGUCCGUGCCCAACCUCACGAACGAAUCCAUAGGAGACACCUUUCGCUACCCCAUGCACCGGUCCUUCGGCAUAGGCGGUAGCUCCGGAUCCUUUCGAUCCCCUGCCAACCGACCCGCCAGUCACGAGACGAUCGAGAUCAUCCCGUCACCACAGGGAUCAGGUAGUACCAGCAGCAAUCUGGCCCAGAUUGAGCUUGUAGGCCCGUCUAGCAUUCUUGGGGCAACGACAAAUCCGUUACCGAAGACGUUGCGAAUCAAUGUGCGGGAUCAGAGACAUUUAGACAGCAUUUUGCGAUAUAUAGACAGUUUAUGAGAUGAAUGAUUAGACCGGGCUGAUGCCCGCGAACUAUUUUGGGGACAUCCAUAACACAUGCUUGCCCCGACGUUCUACCGCCGGUGGUGAAAUGACUACAGACGACAUGAUCGAACCUCGACAGCUGUCGAUUUUCGUGGAAACGAAAUCCGCUCGCCAUGUUUUCUGGGACAAAUGUUUUGGCAUAGAACAUGAACAGCA